CUUAACGGAGCGCGAGGCUGCGUAAGAAAACUGGCGCUAGCAGCCGAGCAGCGACCGUCAGUGCGAAGAAAAUGAAAAUGGCUUCAAGAAAUUGGGCGUUAAAAACGACACAAACGGGACUUGUUACAAACUUAUAACGCACGAUUUUAGAUGCUCGUAAACCAUCUGCUGGCUCUAAAGCCGAGGAAUGAGCGACGCAGUUUCACCGAAUCACCAGGAGGGGGCGAUGAGGAUGGGACCCUCGACCGGGCCGCGUCUCAAAUCCAGUAGCUAGGAUCGUAUCCCGGGGGGGGAAAAGAUGCUGCUUUGAAACUUGGGAAAUCCUCCGUUUCGAACUGGAUGAUUAUCUUUCGUGAAACGCACACAUACAGCUGAUUAAAGACAGUCGCUCUUGAAGGAUUUCUCUUCAUACCCCGUAUCUUCCUCUCCUUCAUCCCUCCUCCUCCCCCCACCCUUCCCCCCCCGCCCCCUGUUGUGCUUGACGUUUUGGCGGCUGUGUGGUUUGUAUGGCAGCGGAGUAACCGUGGAGAGGCCGGGGUAUCACAAGCUUAUGGAUUUUGAUAAGAGAGGAGGAGGAGGAGGUGGAGGUGGAGGGAAAGGGGAAGCGGAAGAAGGGAAGAAGAUGUCUAAGACCGGAGGGAGCAGGUCCAGUCACACCGGUCGCACUUCGGCGCCCAAUUCCGGCGUGCUCAUGGUCGGACCAAACUUCCGCGUGGGGAAGAAGAUCGGCUGCGGGAAUUUCGGUGAACUUCGGCUGGGGAAGAAUCUCUACACCAACGAAUACGUAGCCAUAAAACUGGAGCCGAUCAAAUCCCGAGCGCCGCAGCUCCAUCUGGAGUACCGGUUCUACAAACAGCUCGGGAACUCGGAGGGUGUCCCUCAGGUGUACUAUUUUGGUCCAUGUGGGAAAUACAACGCCAUGGUGCUGGAGCUGUUGGGGCCGAGUCUAGAGGAUCUGUUUGACCUGUGUGACCGAACCUUCUCCCUCAAGACUGUGCUCAUGAUCGCUAUUCAGCUGAUAACACGGAUGGAGUUCGUUCACACCCGCAGUCUGAUCUACAGGGACGUGAAGCCGGAGAACUUCCUCGUGGGCCGACCGGGCAGCAAACGGCAACACACCAUCCACAUCAUCGACUUCGGCCUGGCCAAAGAGUACAUCGACCCCGAGACCAAAAAACACAUCCCGUACCGGGAACACAAGAGUCUGACGGGCACGGCGCGCUACAUGAGCAUCAACACACACCUGGGCAAAGAGCAGAGCAGGCGGGACGACUUGGAGGCCCUCGGUCACAUGUUCAUGUAUUUCCUGCGAGGCAGUCUGCCCUGGCAAGGCCUGAAGGCCGACACGCUGAAAGAGCGCUAUCAGAAAAUAGGAGACACCAAAAGAGCGACUCCUAUUGAAGUGCUUUGUGAGAGCUUCCCAGAAGAGAUGGCCACGUACCUGCGCUACGUCAGGAGACUGGACUUCUUUGAGAAACCGGAUUAUGACUACUUACGCAAACUCUUCACAGACCUCUUCGACAGAAACGGCUACAUCUUCGACUACGAGUAUGACUGGGUCGGCAAAACUCUGCCGACUCCAAUAGGACCCAUUCCUACUGACACACCGCUCCAGUCCAGCAGCAGAGAUAAAGCACAGCAGCAGACCAAAAACCAGUCUCCCGAACCCAAAGGAAGUGAAUCCCAGCCGACUCCUGUGACCAACAGGGAGCUCCUGGGCUCGCAUCUCACCGCUGAUAGGCUGGGGGGCUCUGUGCAGCGAUAAGGACGUAUUUCAUGAUUCAUGGGCGGUUAAGGCUCUGGGUUACUGAUCAGGAGGUCGGGGUUGAAGCUCCAGCACCACCAAGCUGCCACUGUUGGGCCCUUGAGCAAGGCCCUUAACCCUCUCUGCUCCAGGGGCGCUGUAUCAUGGCUGACCCUAUGCUCUGACCCCAACUUCUUAACAAGCUGGGAUGUGCGAAGAAAAGAAUUUCACUGUGCUGUAAUGUAUAUGUGACAAAUAAAGGCCUCCUCUUCGUCUACAAUUAAUCAUAGCAAUCAAAGCAAAGCAGACUAUAAACUGCAUUCGGUACAAAGAUCAAGAGGUGGAACUACAGCUUCUUCCUACAAUACAAGUGAUAAAAACGUCUUAAACAUAAACUCACCACGAAGAGUUCAUUCGGCAAACACUGGCUAGGUGAGAGAAAAUAUCUACAGAUAGCACUAAAUAACAGCUACUUCCCAGUACGUGGUUCCUGUUGAUCAGCCGCUGGUCAUCGAUAACGAGGGAUUCAGAUGCAACGAAACAGAAGCGCUUUUCUGAAGUGAAUCAAAACCCGCUCUUCUCCACUGCAACCCUGCACGAUCCAAGGUAACGUAAAUGUAGCUAGCUAAUUUCAUUUAAAAUCAGCUCACUAACAUUAUAAAGAACGAGUCUAGUAUUCUAAGUAAAUGAUUCUUUACAUAAAAUGUAAAAUAAAAUGAACAUAAAAUGUUCAGUGACAUUCCUGGUUGAUUAAUACUAAGUUGAUUAAUAAGUAGGUUACUCAUUUCGGUAUCGGUACUGAUGAGUACCAGAAAACAAUGUACUCGUACUCGGGCUGAAAAUAUUGUAUCGAUGCAUCUCUAGUACAAAACUGUACUAAUGUACUUUGUAGUACUUUAUUUGUGAUACUUACACGUAGCUACCUAAUAGCACUUUUCCACCAAACAACCCGAUUCUGGUUUAAAAAAAAAUCCAAAACCAGAAGUAUCUGGUGGAUUGUAUACGUGGGAAUAAAGUAGAAUACGUUUUUCUGGAGGUUAAUGAGGUCUCGGGUGGUGACUACUGAUAGUUACAAUUACUAAAAUACUACGGUCCACUAGAUAAUACUCAAAAUUAAAAAAAAAUUUAAAUAAACCUUUACUUAUAAAUUUUUUUUGGUAGGAGCUGCACAAUUUAACAUCAGACUACACUGGUACAAGUCAUUGCUCAGAAAUUAUUAUUAGCUAGCUGUUAGGUAGCUGAGUGUAAUUGACCCUUGCAUAGGUUAUUUUCUACUCUCUGAUAUUAAGUAGCAUGUCCUGUAAGCCCCGCCCCCUUACCCUAAACUCACAUUAGUGACGUUUCAGCUGCUGCUUUCGUUCCAACUUCGUUUUUCCUACUUGAAGAAUGCGCUGACGUGGCGUCCUUGCUUUCUGUCAUGGAGAAUGUUUCGAGUUCAUUAGUGUGAAAUAAAAUCUAUUAAUAUUUGUUCAACGUAUCUAACAUUAGCAACCAGCAAGUUAUCUAUGUUUAUUAGGGAUGCCACCGAAACGGUUUGUUGGAAAAUGGUGAAAAAAUAAAGAUUUUGACCAAAAAAAAAAUUAAUUGGUCUACAAUGAAUAGUCAAAUCUAACAUGUUACAACUAAUUUUAACGGUAAUGAAAAUUAGAACGCUCCUUGUGCAUAUAUACAGAGUUUUAUAUUAACCAACUAAAACAGAUGAGUGUCAUCUCUCCUUCCCCAACUCCAUGUCUUUUACACACUUUCAGGAAAAAAAAAAAAACAGUGCUGUUAUAGUUUUAACUGUAAAUCUAUUAAAAAAAUCUGAGCGCGAGUUUGUUUUACUUGCAGUACCCACACCUAGACUCCUAGACUGGAGUAUAAAUAAAAUGAAAUCACAUGCUGGAAUGGAAACUCUCUCUCUCUCACACACACACACGCACACAGACUUCCUCCCUUCUCUUUCUGCUUCCUCUUUUCUGUGUGUGUGUGUGUGUGUGUUUGUGUGUGUGUGUGUGUGUGGUGAUUAUUUUUUCCUGCUGUGUUUCCUCUCCCUCACUUCUCUCUAAGGAUCCACUUUUACUUUUAGUGAUCUGGUGACCUCACCGUAACCCCGCGCUCACACCAGCAGCGACGCAACAUGACAAAGCGCCAGCAAGUCGAUGGUUUUCACAGAGAGCUACUGAUUUCUGGUGACGAGGCAAACUGGACAUGUGAUGCGCAAUGGGCGUGGCUAGCAGCGUAAAUAAAAAGCUGUUUAGCGAAGUUUAUAGUUAUGCAAAUGAGAAGCGAAGCGAUUUGGCAGCUACCAAUAGGAACGAGGGACAGUUAUGUGCUUCUUUUUCCCCCGACUGUGAAACAUUAACGUUUUCUCCCCACAUACUUGUUCCUAAUCAUCGUUCCUGACCUGGGUGAUGAGCUCGAAGUGUUUCAUUUACACAGACUGAAGAGUGCCAGUGUUUCACUAAUAUAUUCUACAAAAUAAAACCCUAUACGCCUGCCACACAAGAAUCGUGAACGGUUGCUUUAGUUUCUCAGAUUCAUUUUAUACACAAAAAUUUUUCCCUCUAGAAUUUUUUAUUAUUAAAGGAAGAGCGGCUGAUCUGUAAGUUAAAUGCCGAGUGCCACCAGUGAAACCAUGGCGACUGACAGGAAACUGACGAUCGGACCGCACUCUAGACGGAAAAUCGCUGCCGAUGUGAACGCAGUGUUAAUCCUUGAUUUAAUUAAUGAAUUAAUUCCUGUUUGAAUUGUCAGAUUGUAAUGCGAGUUUUACGCAGGGCAUUGCAGGGUUACAAAUAUAUUCAAAAAACAUCAUUGUAUGAAUGUGUAUUUUAAUUUAUUAGUAGCAGUAGUAACCCUAGUACACUUGUUUUGUCCACAUUCCUAGAUUCAUAGUCGUUUAGAGCACAGGAUUGUACGCUAAAGCCCUAUUCGGAUUGGAUUAGUUUAUCAGAGGGAUGUUUUUUUAACCCGUCUCCUUGGUGAUAAAACUCUUGAAGUAAAAUGACCACAGGAGGAGAGAGUUUCUAGCAGUUUGUAUUUUCUGCAAACCUGGAUGUUUGCAUCACGUGGUCACAUGAUCACACUCCGUUCACAACAUUGUUUCCAAGUGAUCGAAGAAGCUCUGGAGCAGAGACGAGGCGCGCACUGCAGCUUGUUUCAGUUUGGGACGAAUCAAAGUUCCAGGAACUUUGAACACAAUUCAUUAUCUCACAGUAUCAGAAAACAUCCUCUUUUCGUUUCACGGUUCAGGAAGUGUUUAAUAUCUGGGAGAGGGUCACUUUGAGCUACAGGACUAAAUACUGCAAGUAGCAGAAGUCAAACAUCUUUUUUUCCCAGUCACACUAGCAAGUGACAAGUCGUUUGUCUCAUUUAUAAUUUAUAGUCUCUUAUUGAUGUUAAUUAAAUUAAAUAAUCAGUAUGAAAAUUAGCUACGUACGUACACUCACCAGAGGCACCAGCGAUCUCUGCUACUUCUUUCCAAGCUUUAUUUUUCUAUGUAAUGUUUCUGUACAGAGGUUAGAUAUGACAGGAUAAGACGAAACCACCCUUAUAGUUACAGUAAAUGGAAACUAGCUGCUAAUUGAAGAAACGUCAGACGGCACCCAGUGUAGGACUGGUCCGAGGAAUCAUUCGACACGAUCUCACUUCAAAUGCGGCUCUGUGUCGCUUUGUCGCUUGCUAGUAUGAGUGUAGGGAUAAGAUGGACAUUUUCUUCUAGGUGUAAAAGAGUGAUUAAGGUCAUUACCGAGAGGGGCAAUGGUGGCUGGACGGUUAAGGCUCUGGGUUACUGAUUGGAAGGUCGGGGUUCAAGCCCCAGCACUGUCAAGCUGCUG